GCUGAACACGGAAGUGACAGCUAGUGAUACAUGUAGUGACAGCUAUACGGGCGUUUUUAACUCGUUUUAACUUUAAUAAUUCAGUGAUUUAUGUUUGAUUUCAUUACAGUGAAGGAACACAGAUCGGACCAGCAGCUACCUGAGCUUUUUAUCUGCUAUAUUAGUCUUUCUUCUGCUGUUAAACAACCUAACAGACGUCCUAGUUUACUUUGUAACAUCCUAGUUGGAGUUCAUAACAGAGAAAGCAGCUAAAGAUGGGUUCCUCUCUGAUCUCAGCUGUGUUUCUAGUGAACUUCUCUGUGGUUUUAGCCUCUAAACAGCCCAACAUCGUGUUCAUCCUGGCAGAUGACUUCGGUUGGUAUGAUGUCGGUUAUCACAGCUCAGAGAUCAGAACCCCAAACCUGGACAAGCUGUCAGCAGCAGGAGUCCGCCUGGAGAACUACUAUGUUCAGCCUCUGUGUACCCCCUCCAGGACCCAGCUGAUGACCGGCAGAUACCAGAUCCACACAGGCAUGCAGCACGAGAUCAUCUGGCCCUGUCAGCCGAACUGUGUUCCUCUGGAUGAGAAGAUGCUGCCCCAGCUGAUGAAGGAGGCGGGGUACGCCACACACAUGGUGGGCAAGUGGCACCUGGGCAUGUACAAGAAGGACUGCCUGCCCACACGCCGCGGCUUUGACUCCUACUUUGGCUACCUGUUGGGCAGCGAGGAUUACUUCACUCAUACCCGCUGUUAUGACAUCUCUGCUGGUGCCAACCGCUGUGCUUUGGACCUGCGGGACGGAGAAGAGGUCGCCACCGGAUACAAAGGAGCUUAUUCCACUGAGCUGUUCAGCCAGAAGGCCACCAGCGUCAUCGAGAAACACAACCCUAACAAGCCUCUCUUCCUCUACGUGGCGAUGCAAGCGGUCCACUCACCGCUGCAGGUGCCCGAGCGCUACGUGGCCCCGUACAGCUUCAUCAAAGACCACGAUCGCAGGCAGUUUGCCGGCAUGGCGUCGGCCAUGGACGAGGCCGUGGGCAACAUCACGUCGUCUCUGCAGCAGGCGGGACUCUGGGACAACACCGUCCUGGUCUUCUCAACAGAUAACGGAGGUCAGACAAUGUGCGGUGGCAGCAACUGGCCGCUGCGAGGGAGGAAGUGGUCGCUGUGGGAAGGAGGGGUCCGGGGAGUCGGAUUCGUCGCCAGCCCGCUGCUGAAGAAACCCGGUACCGUCAGCCGCGAACUCAUGCACGUCUCCGAUUGGCUGCCAACAUUUGUUGGCCUGGCGGGAGGGAGCACCAACGGCACGAAGCCACUGGACGGAUUCAACAUGUGGAACGCCAUCAGCAAAGGCUUUGCCUCACCCAGAGUGGAGCUGCUGCACAACAUUGACCCUCGGUAUGAUGACCGCGGUGCAUGUCCUGGCGCCGGGCGCAAGUUAACUUUGGCUCAGAUGGUCAGCGGAGACUCCUGGCCCAACUCUGGCUUCAAUGUGUCCAUUCACGCCGCCAUUCGAUCCUCAAACUGGAAGCUGCUGACUGGCUACCCGGGUUGUCCCACUUGGUUCCCGCGGCCCGGCCAAAACACCUCUGAGUCGAGGAUGGAUCCUCUGAAGUCUGUGAUGCUGUUCAACAUAGAAAAGGACCCAGAGGAGAGGGAUGAACUAUCCGCUCUCUUCCCCACAGUAGUGGAGUAUCUCCUCGGGAGGCUCCAGCAGUACCAGAAAUCUGCUGUGCCAAUAAUCUUCCCAGAUGAAGACCCCAGAUGUGACCCGGGCCCCGAUGGAGCCUGGGGACCCUGGGCUUAGACGGCAAUGACAUGAUGAAGGUGGUAGCACCUUGUUUACUGUGAAUUACAUCAGCAGGAAUCUAUUCUGGAGAUUUUUUUACUCUAUGAUGAUCAGAUUUUAAUACACAUUCAACAAACAAUAAUUUCAAACAGUCUAACCUCAAUUAUGCAGCUUUUUCGCUUAUAUUUUAUCAUGUGACCAACUUGAUUCUUUACUUUUCCAGUGACCAGUGGAGUUAUUAACGGACUGAUGCUGCCGUUAUUAUUGAUCUGGGUGUCCCAGCUCUGAGAGGCUUAUUGAAGUGAUUGCGUAAACGCUGUCAGCUACACAUGUUGCUGAUUUGUAAAGACUAUACCUCCCUGCUGUUUCAGGUAUUUGCACUUCAUUUAUCUACUGUUGAGAAGCUGCAGGCGACAUGGAUAUGUCAAAAUAUUCCACCAACCAAACGUCAGAUAGAUGGAGGGAUGGAUAAAACUGUUAAAACUACGGUUGACAUAACAACUGCUAACAGGUCAGGGUAUCUUUUAGUUUGUUCAGGGUGAGGAUCGUUGAGGGAGUACAUUUUUUUUCUGGGCCAGUGGGACUUUGUAGCAUCCUGGAGGAUUGGUGGAGGGGAUGAAAGGAGUCCUGCUUGAUCAGAGUGGCUUUCCUGAUCAAUAACCAGGUCUACAGUUUGAGGGCAUUGUACCAGGAUGAAAUGUUCAAGUGACCUGUAAACCAGGAUUAAAAUGUCCCUUCUUGUGCACUGUGUGCUGGGAAAAGGACAGGGAUGUGUCUCCGUCCCAAGGUAUUUAAAUAACAGUGUUUGUUCUAACCUCUGGGUCUGAAAAGUGAAGCCAAUGCUGAAGUGCCUUAAACUUUCAUUCUCUCUAACAGCCAGCAGGGGGCGACUCCUCUGGUUGCUAAAAGAAGUCUGACUGUAUAGAAGUCUAUGAGAAAAUGAGUCUACUUCUGGCUAAAAGGAGAACAAAUAUUGGAUUUUAACACGACAGGUUGCCUGAAACACGACUCCAAAUGAAGGACAAUGUUGCUCUGUAUCUGCUGGAUGUGUAAAUAAUGUCACACAAUGUGUGAUUGUGUCAAUGUUGUGUUUACAUCUUGUUGCAUUGCCCCAAAUGGCCAAAAAUUUCAUAUUUCAGGUUUGAAUUUAGUUUUUAAAAUGCUUUAAAUUAACGCUGCUCUACUUUUUAAAAAUGUUGUAUUCAUUUUGCACACCAAUAUUCUUAAGUGCCUACUGGUCAAAGCUUAAGAUGUGUUACCAAAUGUAUGUGUUUUAUUAAAAAAAA